UGUGUGCGUAUAUAAAAAGUAAAUAUACAUAAUUGUGUACAUCCAAGUUGCUUGACUAAGGCUUGGUGUUUCAUCAUGGACGUCAUGCUAGGCUCCAAAUAUAGCCAAGAGAGAGUAUAUAUCAUAAUCAAGCAGCUUUAAUGCCGCAAAGCGUGGCUCAUUCGAGCUCCUCAGAGCUCGAAAAUGUCCUGACAAACACGGAUUUAGCAUGGUCGACCCGAUACAAAAAGGCCACGUGGAUCGAGCUCAAACUCCUCUCCAAACUCGCCGCCCCCGCCGUCUUCAUGUACCUCCUCAACAACUCCAUGUCCAUGUUCACCCGCAUCUUCGCCGGCCACCUCGGCAACCUCCAGUUCGCCGCCGCCUGCCUCGGCAACCAAGGCAUCCAGCUCUUCGCCUACGGCCUCCUCCUCGGCAUGGGGAGCGCCGUCGAGACCCUCUGCGGCCAGGCCUACGGCGCCGGGCGCUACGAGAUGCUCGGAAUCUACCUCCAGCGCGCCACCGUGGUGCUCACGCUCUUCAGCCUCCCGCUCGUGGCGAUCUACCUUCUGUCGCGCCGGCUCCUGUUGGCGAUCGGCGAGGAGAGGGAGGUGGCUGAGCUGGCGUCCGUGUUCGUCUACGGCCUCAUCCCCCAGGUGCUGGCGUACGCGGUGAAUUUCCCGAUGCAGAAGUUCCUGCAGGCGCAGAGCAUCGUGGUGCCGGGGGCGGUAAUAUCGCUGGCGACGCUGGCGGUGCAUCUGGUGGCGAGCUGGGCGGCGGUGUGGCGGAUGGGGAUGGGGCUGGUGGGGGCGGCGCUGGUGCUGAGUUUGUCGUGGUGGAUCAUGGUUGUGGCGCAGGUGGUCUACAUUUUGAGGAGCCAACGGUGUAAGGACACGUGGAGGGGGUUCAGGUGGGAGGCGCUGACGGGUUUAGGGGAGUUUGUGAAGCUGUCGAUUGGAUCCGCGGUGAUGUUGUGCUUGGAGGCGUGGUACUUUCAGGUAUUAGUCUUGGUUGCGGGACUGCUGGAGGAUCCAGAGCUCUCCUUGGAUGCUCUUUCAGUAUGCAUGUCAAUAAAUGGGCUACUAUUCACGGUCGCAAUCGGAUUCAAUGCCGCUGCCAGUGUGAGAGUGGGGAAUGAGAUCGGAGCAGGGCACCGCAAGGCUGCCGCGUUCUCGGUGGUUGUAGUUAAUUCAGUGUCGUUGGUGGUGGCGGUGAUCGAGGCCAUCGUGGUGCUGUCGCAGCGCCACGUCAUCAGCUAUGUGUUCACUGGCGGCGAAAGAGUGGCCGAUGCGGUGUCGGAUCUCUGUCCUUUCUUGGCAGUCACCUUAGUACUAAACGGCCUCCAACCGGUCUUGUCAGGAGUGGCGGUGGGGUGUGGAUGGCAAGCAUAUGUGGCAUAUGUGAAUAUAGGAUGCUAUUAUGUGGUGGGAAUUCCAGUGGGAUGCGUUCUUGGGUUCAAAUUCAAUCUUGGUAUUAAGGGCAUAUGGUCGGGCAUGAUCGGAGGGACGAUGAUGCAAACUUUGAUCUUAUUAUUUGUCACAUUUCGUACGGAUUGGAAUAAAGAGGUGGAGAAAGCCCAGAAACGAUUGGACAGGUGGCAAGAUACUAUUAAGGAGCCACUGCUGCUUAAGGAAUAAACAUCAUUUUUCAUAUGCUCAUUACAAUAUGGAGUAGUAUUAGUUAUAAGCAUUGUGUUUAAUUUCAUAAGCUUACUUGUUCUUGCAAAACGUUUGAUUGUAGUAAUACAUAAUUUGUGUGAA